CCUUGGGACAUGGACAUCACUCCCAAAAACCAAACAUUAACCGUUUUAAAAUGUCCACUUCAAUGGGGGGGUAGGGACGUCCCAAUGAUCCCAGAUAGCAAGGACCUAUUUUCUAACUACAGAGAGGAGGGGCCGGUGAACAUGGAAUGAAAACCUACUUCGAGUUAAAAGCUGGUUUAAACACCAACGAAAUUACGCAGACCAGGACAAAGGUCUAGAGAAGGUUCACAGCAUUACCGAUCAAGAGGAUUUCCCACUUUGACAAAAAUAAGAAAGAGACUUUAGUUUGUCCUGGCACGGUUUAUGGUAGCCUGUUUAGAAAGGAGAGAUGAGUCUCGGAUCCUGAUUGGAGUUGACAAGCGCGCUCCGCUACUGUAUCCAGCCUUUCAACCCCUCUCUCCGAAACCAGGAAAUCGUCGAGGUGUGCUUAUCUUUAUCCUACUUGUGGAUCGUAGGCUACCCCUUUGCGGGUAGAUACAUGUGUAUCUCGCCGAUAUCGUCGUCUUUUAUUUAAUUGUUUUGCUUUUGAACCGGGCUCAGAUCUGAAGCCGAAAAAACUGCAUCGGAGUGGAUCUCUAUUCUCGCCUAACAAUGAGUGAGUCCAGUAUCUGCCAGGCUCGUGCUACGGUGAUGAUCUACGAUGAUGGGAAUAAGAUGUGGCUCCCGGCAGGAACAGGGCCUCAGACCUUCAGCAGGGUCCAGAUCUACCACAACCCCUCCACUAACGCCUUCAGAGUGGUGGGACGCAAGAUGCAGACAGAUCAGCAGGUGGUGAUUAACUGUCCGAUUGUGAAGGGCCUGAAGUACAAUGAGGCCACGCCCAACUUCCACCAGUGGCGAGACGCGCGGCAGGUGUGGGGGCUCAACUUCGGCAGUAAGGAGGAUGCCGCCCUCUUCGCCAGCGGAAUGGCCCAUGCACUGGAGGUGCUCAACUCCCUGGCAGACGCAGGUUACGCUACCCUCCCCCGCCCAGUGUCAAAUGGACCCUCCCCAGAGGAGCUGGAACAGCAGCGGAGGCUGGAGCAGCAAGAGAGAGAGCGGCAGGAGUGGGAGAGACUGGAGAGAGAGAGACAACAAGCUGCAGCAGUGCCCACUCCUCCAGUCCCACCGUUGGCCCCCCCAGCACCUCCGGGCCCUCCUCCACCCCCAGGACCUCCUCCAUCUGGGCCCCCUCCUCCCCCUGGACCUCCUCCCCCAGGACCCCCGGCCGCAGGAUCAGGACCCCCGCCCGCCCCACCGCUGCCCUCCCCAGGAGGAGAUGGGGGCCUAGGGGGAGGUGCAGGGGGCCUGGCGACAGCCUUAGCCGCAGCCAAGCUCCGCAGAGUGGCCAAGGAUGAUAGUGGUAGUGUUGCUGCUGCUGCUUCUUCUGCUGCAGCACCGGCUGCCAAGCCUGAUCAAAGCCGCACCAGUGGCUCCAUCGGUGGUGGUGGUGGUGGAGGAGGAGGCCUGAUGGGUGAGAUGGCAUCCAUCCUGGCACGGAGGAAAAAAAUGGCAGACGGUGGGGCUAAGCCACCUGCUAAGACAGCAGAUAAUGAUGACUCAGAGUCUCAAGGCCAAAGUGACACUCUUGGAAGAAGACCAUGGGAGAAAUCAGCCACUAUGCCCAGGAAUAACUCCAUCUCCAAGAGCAUGGACUCCACCUCUCCCUUGCCCCAGGGUCCCAGGGUGAAGCAUGCAGGUGGUAGUAAUGAUGCUGGAGGUGGUGAAGAGACAGAUAUGGAGAGGAUUAAACAGGAGAUUCUUGACGAGAUGCGGAAGGAGUUACAAAAAGUCAAGGAAGAGAUAAUCAGAGCCUUUAUUGAGGAGCUACAGAAGAGGGGUUCCACAUAGUUCUGCUAGAGGAACAGGGGGAUGGGAUGGAUGGAGGUUAUGGCCCUGUGUGGACCUCUCCCCUAUCACCCCCUCCAGUGUAGCCCAGGGAAUUUUCUUUCUCUCCUUCACACAUUCUCACAUUCACACACACCUACAUACUUGCACAUGACAUGUACACGUUAACCCAGGGAACCGAUUCACAAAUACAGGACUAGAUCACCUGCUACCACCCCAUCUGUGAUGACACAACCUCUCCUCACUCAUCCCUUCUUGUAUCCGACUCUUCCUUAAUUUCAUGAGAACCACUGUAGAUCACAUAAUCACGGCUGCUGUUGCUCUUACUCCUUGUCAUGUACAAUUGUUUCUCUCCCCCCAUGUAUCUGCCCCAUAGAAAUCCUGCUCCUAUUCACUCUCUUUGUCAGACAGACCAGUGUUUUUACUGGGGUCUUCAGUAUUCAGGGAAGAUCAUAUCAUUAAUUCUUGUUACUGUAAUGGCAGAGUGGUUGGUUGGCUUUUGUACGAAUCCUCUUUAACCUGGCACAGCUUCGACCUCAAACACGGCCUUCAAAUAAAAACAUUUUAUAUGGGCCAAGACGACAUAGGCCUAUCUUGAGAAUGUGUGGUGACGGGAGGAAACUACCAGAUUGUACAGGGACCCCAUGGUGGAGGGCUUUCAUCCACAGCACACACUGCUCCCUUCAGGCCUGGUGCACAAGAGCUUAUACUGCACCACUGCCUUGAAGCAUGGGCUACCGCUCCCAAGUGUACUGCUCUGUCAAUGGCCAAAAAAGAGACCCUACACAAACUUUAGUUCUACAGACUUUGAGGAGAAGUCAGAGGAGACAUGCAAAGGGAAUGUGAUGGAUGACCUCCCGGAGUGCCGUGAGAGAGGAGAGUACUGUGGUUCUGUGCUAUGGAGGGAAUCCAAGUUCUUUCUGCAUUGCACUUGGCCUGGAGAAAGUGUGCAUUUUGUGUACCACUCAGAAUCGCCGAAACACUCUCAUCUUUACCUUCUGCUCAAAAGGAUACACUAAUAAUUUGCCAGUGCAGUGGUCCUAAACUGUACUGUUUAUUUUGUUUGAAAUUUAAGUAUGUUUUCUAACUACAUUGAAAUAUAAAAAUUCGGCCAUGACUAAGUCACUUAAUUGGCCAUGACCAACUGCCUUGGAGAAUAUAUAUAUAAAAAAAAAUUGGGGGGGGGGGGGGUGCUAGCAAAAUUGAAAUGCUGUUUCUAUUUUAAUUGAGGUGAAUGGGACAUUGUUGGAUUGUUUUAUUUUUAAGAGAUGUAAUUGGGUUACUGUUUUUGUUUUGUUUUUCUAAUAGAGUAUAGGCUUUUUACACUGAAAUAUAAAUAAAACAGCGUAGAGACACUGGAUUAGAGAUGCCUUUUAUAGUCAAAUACAGCCGCUUCUUGUAAUGCA